AUGAGUUGGAGAAUAUAUGGAAUGCUAUUAAUAGACAAAAUGAUAUUCUAGAUUUUAAAACCAUUAAUGAUCAAGCAUAAUGAAAUCAAAUUUAGUGAAAUAAUUUUGCUUAGCUGUUUCACUAUAAUUAUAAUUAUGACAUAGAGAUUUACAAACAAUUAAUUUAUGAAUACAAUUUUAGAUAUCUCAGUACCAAAUUUCAUAAAUUAGGUUUAUAUUAGUAGGCAUCAAAAGACUCCAAAUCAAAUUAAACUAUUAAAAAAUCUUAGCUUUACAAUUCUUCUAUCAAAUAAAAUCUAUUUAGUCAUUCUAGUAUAAUACUAAACUUAAAACUAAUUUGAGAUCUGA